GCUGGCGCUGCUCGUGUUGUACGUGCAACUUUUGCCGACUGCCGUGGUUUUGGACGCCUCGGUCUGGCUUCUUCGCCGCCCAAAUAGCGCGCUCCACUGGCGUGAUUCUUGCGGACAAAUCGACAUGCGAUACCGCUGCGGCACGCUUACUGUGCCCGGCCACCCCCUCGCUUUGGCCGUCCAAGCGUACAUGGUCCCGCCGGGGACAGCGUCCAAAGGGACGAUCGUCGUGCAUCGCGGCGGCGCCAGUGCCUCCAUGGCCACGCCCAGCGUCGCACUGCUCACGGGCGGUCUCUAUGACAUUGUAGCGCUCGAUGCACACACCUUUGCAACGUCGGACGGGCGCCAGGAUGGGGCAGAAUCAGUCAUGGCCCUUGACGCACUUCGUCGUGCCGUGCACAGCGACGUCUUGCACUACUUUGGCCUCUCGGAUGGCGCUCGCCUCGGGCUUGCGUACGCGACGACCUUUCCCGACAAGGUUGGCCGCAUCGUUCUGGACGCGAUACCAAAUGACGACGGACACGUGUCCUUGGUCACCCUCGAGACCACACUGCGCGCCUUUCUGAACGAGUGUGCCGUGGCCGGCGCAGGUGGCUGCCCGCUCGCGUCGCUGCCGGUGGGUCAGUUGCCAGCUUUCCUCAAACGUGUUGAUGCGUCGCCCUGGACGACAGCGACAGGCGACACGCUCCAAGGGUCGGUGUUGCGCCGAACCGUGGCUCGGGCAAUGGCGGUGCCCAGUCGAUGGCCGCGGCUGGCAUCCACGAUGACCAAGCUCCUGCGCAACGAGAGCGUCGACAUCGCGUCGUGGCGAGAUGAUGUCAAGUGUCCUUCGUCCAGCGCAAGUGCGUGGCGUGACGUCGCUCGACUUCCACUGCUUGCGUCACAUCCCAUUGCUUGUUCCGAGAGGAUACCACCCCGUACUAUGCCAUUGGCGUCAACUCUGUAUCGCAAUCGUAUCUUGGUUCUGGCCACAGAGCUCGACGCAUGGGCGACCAAGGCGACAGCAGAGGACAUCGUUCGCAGGCUCGGGGUCACCAACGCUGCGCUCGUGGUGCGCGAUGGCUAUGGUCACGGCGCGAGUGUAAGCCAGCCGAGUAGCUGCGUGCACGCGCUUCUCACCGCGUUCUUUACGCACGGCACGUAUCCCUCCAUGCGACGCUGCGCAGUGGACGCGCGGCCGUUCCAGAUGCAGUUCGAGGUGCUCUUGGACCCGCGCGUGAAGGCCAUGUAUACGGUCGCAGCUUCUGUCCAUGGUCAUACUACCUGACUCUCCAUCAUUUGAAUCUUGAUUACGCAAGACACCAUUUUCUCUGGG